UAUCACCUUUGCUGCAAGGAGGAGAACAUGAGUUGCAGGAUUAAUUGGGUUCAUCCCGACAUCAAGCUGGUGCCGCCGCCUCCUGACCAAGGCGCGGGUCAAGAGGCUGCCCCUGACCAGGCGAGCCCUCAGGCGCCCCAGGAUGAGCGGCCAUUCCCAUUUGAGAGUCUGCCGGGGCAGAUACAGGUUGAGAUCUUGACGCUGAUCCUUCACAAGAAGGGACAGCUCAUCCACUGUAUCUCGAGGCUCGAUCCUUUCGUUCAGCCCACCACGUUCCCCAGCGCUGAGGAGCUCGGAGAACUGCGCAGCGGCUUGAAGAAGCGCUUCUUCUGGGGCAAGAAGGAGUGCAGCCUGACGCACGACGGCGUGGAUCCCGCGGCCCUGCUCGGAAUCCUCACCGUCAGCAAGCGAAUCUACUUCCUGGGCGUCCACAUCUUCUACGGCCUCAACACCUUCGCGUUCUCCAGCCUGGGGGAGUUCGGGCGGUUCUGCCAAGGCUCGGGACUCGCGCGCAUUGCUCGAAUCCAACAUGUCGAGCUGCUUCUUACGGGCAACCAGUACUUGACAGCGCCCCCGGACGAGCGCAACAAGGUCCCCUUCUCACGCAGGACCUACGCCCUGUCGUGGCUGGCUGACAUGUACCGGCUCAAGACGCUCGUCAUAUACGUCAACGAGACGGCUCGCAUGUACAUCCGCCGCGGGUACGAGAACCCGAAGAUCAAACAGUUCCUGGCGGCCAAGACAGCGGGCCAGCCGAACCGCCGCUUGGCCAGGUCUUUGCGCUGCCUGCAGGGGCUGGACUACAUCUCCCAGCUCCGCGGCCUCUCCGUGAUCCGCUUCUACGACUUCAACAAGGUGCUGCAAAGAAGGCGGAACGUCCGAGUCCCUGUUCAGGACUGGUCGUUCAGCGAGGACAUGUACAACGUGACGACGCUGCCGAAGCCCCCGUUGCGGUUGGAGCGUUCCGAGCUGGAAAGGCUAGAGCCGUUGCUUGUGGGCGAGGACCGGAACUGGGCGCCCAGUUAUGAGGACUGGGACCUCGUCAAGGCCCUGUACGUGGACACCAACGGGCGCUGCUCGUACGACGAGCUGCGGAGCAACCAGCAGCGGAACCGAGACGCCGAUGUGGCAUCCUAUCUGAGCGCGCCAGGCGCUAGCACCCGCCGGAGUGCAAGUUCUUCAGAAUCGAGCAGAGGCACCGGGUCACACACAGAUUCCGCCUCACGCUCGAACUCGGACUCGGACUCGGAGUCGGACGGCUCUGUCGUGGCUGUGGGGCCUCAAAACCGACGGAGACGGCACAGCUCCCAGUCCUCGAUGUUCGUGUCCCGUGCCAAUUCCGACUCCGGCCCACUAUCAGACGAAGAUGAAGACGAAGGCGAAGACGAAGACGAAGACGAAGACGAAGAUGAAGACGAAGAUGAAGAUGAAGACGAAGAAGACGAAGACUCAGACUCGGGAUCAGACUCUGACUCCGACUCGAGCACCGACACCCCCUCGCAUCGGUCUUUUGCCUCCAUCCUCAGCGGCCACCUCAGCGAAAGCCGCAAUCCGUCGCCGAGGACAGAGAGCACAACAGCCUCGAGAAGCAAAAGCACGCUCUCCACGAACGGCACCCCUCGCGCUCAGCACGCCCACACCAAACGCGAGUCGACAGGCCUGUUCGUCACCCCCGGUCCCUCGGGCCCAGCCCAACUUAACCGCAGUCCAAGAAACAACACACCUCGAACACCGCUAAGCGCCACCACCACCACCACCACCGGCGGCGGCCGCGCCAGCGUGUUCACCACCGCGACAGCCCCGGCACCAGCCGCAACCACAGACACCAUCCCCCCAAGCAGCAGCAGCCACACCCUCGCGAACAGCAGCCAGACCCUCCCAAGCAGCAGCCACACCCUGGCGAACAGCAGCACCGGCCUCAAUCGCCCCAGCACCAGCGGCCGGCCCUCCUUCCACACCCACCCACACGCUCACGCCCACGCCCACUCCCUCGCCCAUCCUCCCCUGCAAACCCAGCAAGCCUUACCCCUCCCCCUCCGGCAGGCGCACGGGCACACACACUCUCCCAGACAGAACAUCGGGACCAAAACCGACGGGCGCGCCCGCCGCGCGUCCACAGCCACCGCCGCCACCGCGACAACAAGGCGCUCGAGCUCAAGCGCCAGCAGCAGCAACAUGUUUGUCACGCCGAGCCCGCAGAUCCCGGGCCAGGCGGCGGCGCCGUCGUUCGGUAGUCGUCUCCGUACUCACAGUCCCCUGUCGCGCCGCGCCGGGGACGGAGGUGCCGAGGGCGCCGGGGGCGGGUCGGCUGCUGCUUCUGUUGCUGGUGGUGGUGGUGGUGGUAAUGGUAACGGUGGAGGAGGUGGCGGCGCUAGCGGGCCGGCGAGAGGCGCGGGUUUCGUCCCGCUGGGAACGUUUUUCGGGGGGGAAGACUCGGAGUCUGAGUUGGAGUCCUCUGGGGCUGGAGAGACGGAUGACGAUGAUGAUGAUGAGGGCUCGUCUGGGUCCGAGUCUGGGUCCGAGUCUGGAGCCGAGUCUGGAUCUGCUUCCGAGGAUGAUUCUGACGGUGAGAGUGACGGCGACGAUGAGGCGGCCGCCACGGCGGAUCGCUCGGGAGGGCUCGGCAUGGGGACGGGUUUGAAGCGAGCUUGGAGAGGUGCACCAGGGGGGGAACUGGAUGGACGGAAGCGUCCUCGCAGCGGCGUUUAAGAGGUGAGCGAGCCG